CUGAAGUACAAGGAGGUGUACGAGAGGAGCAAAGCCCAGAUCAACAUGGACCCUGAGGCUCAUGAGAUCCGUGCUGCCAAAGAGGCCUACAAGAACAUCAGCAACCUCGACUACAAGAAGAAGUACGAGGCCACCAAGAACAAGUGGAUCUGGACUCCCAGUAGGCCGGACUUCGUCAACGCUGCCAAGAACUCCUUGCAGCAGAGCGACGUGGAGUACAAGUAUGACAAAGAGAUGCUGAAGGGCUGCGUGAUACCUGUCUCUGAAGACAAGUACACCGAACUGUACAGGAAAAACGCUGAAAUGUCCAGUCAGGUGAGUGGAGGCCAAGGCCUCCCUCCAUGGAGCGUCCUCCUAUGAUACCCCGCUGAUGCGCCACAUUAAGAAAAUGAAUGAAGUGACUAGUGAUGUGAAGUACAAGGAGAAGUUUGAUAAGGAGAUGAAAGGAAAGAAACCACAGUUUGACCUAAAGGAGAGCAAGAUUUAUAAAACUUUGAAGGAUGCUAARGAUCUGGCUAGUGAGGUGAAGUACAAGGGUGACCUGAAGAAGAUUCACAAACCUGUGACGGACAUGGCCGAGUCUCUGUCCAUGCAGCACAGCCUGAGCACCAGCAAACUGUCCAGUGACUACCGCUACAAGAAGAAGUUUGAGGAGAGUAAGGGUCACUACCACAUGAUCCCAGACACACCAGAGCAGCUACAUCUGAAGGAGGCCUCUGAGCUUCAGAGCAACGUUAAGUACAAGGAGAAGUAUGAGAAGGAGAAGGGUAAACCCAUGCUGGACUUUGAGACGCCCACAUACGUCACUGCCAAGGAGGCCCAGCACCUGCAGAGCCAGAGAGAAUACAAGAAGGCACUGGAGCAGGAGAUCAAGGGCAAAGGAAUGCUGGCUCUGGCCACAGACACCCCAGACUUCAUGAGAGCCAGGAACGCCACGGACAUCCUGAGUCAGACCAAGUACAAGCAGACUGCUGAAAUGGACAGAGCCAGCUACACUACUGUCAUCGACACCCCUGACAUCAUCCAUGCUCAGCAGAUGAGGAACAUCGUCAGCCAGAUUCAUUACAAAGAAGAGUUGGGAGGAGGAACAGCAUUGCCUGAGACCCCUGAAAUGGAAAGAGUUAAACGCAACCAGCGGAACAUUAGCACGAUACAGUACAAGGAAUCUGUGGGUCAAGGCACUGCCAUACAAGACCUCCCCGAAGUGAAGCGGGUCCGAGAAACCCAGAAGAAUAUCAGUCUGCAUCGUUACAAAGAAGGAGUGGGACACGGCACAUCAGUGCCAGAGACCCCAGAGAUGGAGAGAGUUAAACGCAAUCAGCAACAUAUUAGCACGAUAAAAUACAAGGACUGUAUGGGUCGAGGCACAGCUAUACCGGACCUACCAGAGGUGAAGCGGGUCAGAGAAACCCAGAAGCACAUCAGCUCGGUGUUGUAUAAGGACAGUUCAGUCAAAGGAACCCCAGUGGUGUUCACUCCAGAGAUGGAGCGAGUCAAACGGAACCAGGAGAACAUUAGCUCGGUGUUGUACUCUGACAGCUUCCGAAGGCAGGUGCAGGGCAAGGCCGCCUUCGUCCUGGACACACCUGAGAUGAGACGCGUCAGGGAGACUCAGAGGAUCAUUUCUGGGAUCUGCGUGUGUGGCGCACAAACCCCGGCUCUGUGUUUGACUAUGACCCUGCUGAGGACAACAUCCAGUCCAGGAGUCUGCACAUGAUGUCAGUCCAAGCACAGCGUCGCAGCAAGGAGCACUCCCGCUCCACCAGCGCCCUGAGCGGUGCUGCUGAUGAGAAGUCAGAGGUGUCCCAGGACGUGGACCACCACCUGUCCCUCUACAGCAACGGCUUCAUGACCAGUUCUAUGGGAUACCAGCAGACUAAAACUGUGGAGGUGCAGCAGAGGUCAUCUUCUGUGGCCACCCAACAGACCACAGUCUCCUCAGUGCCCUCACACCCCUCCACUACCGGGAAAACCGUGCGGGCCAUGUACGACUACGGCGCAGCGGACAGCGACGAGGUGUCCUUCAAAGACGGUGAUGUCAUCAUAAACGUGCAGUCCAUUGACGAGGGCUGGAUGUACGGCACCGUGCAGCGCACCGGCAAGACCGGCAUGCUGCCCGCCAACUACGUGGAAGCCAUUUAAAGAGAAACGCCCGCCCAUCGUCCCUCCAGAGUGGGCGAGAGCCAUCCACAGGACAAGCUGUUCCACCGCCGUGGCUUAGUGCAAUGUGUAGCUUUUAGUUUCUUCUUACUGUUCAACAGUAAUUUGAUUGUGGUUUGAUUCUCGUUGGUCAGUCUAUCAUUCAUACGCUGCUGUUCUGCUACCUGUGGAUGUGACAAGAUUCAGGACAUGAAAUACUUGUUGUAAAAGGCCUACAGCACACCUGUCAUAACUGUUUUACAUUGGUGAAACUGUUCUUAGUCUCCAUCACAUAAAACACUCAUAACAAGCAGCCUCACCCAUUAUUUUGUACAUUUAAACAAUCUGAUAGCCUAAUUUAAUGUACUAUUUUUGCCCAGUAUACUAUAUUAAGUCUUUCUUUUAAGAAUGUUGUGCUUCAUUUGCCCAAAUGGUCCUUCCAAUGGAGAUGAAAAUGAAAGGAGUCAGUUACCAGCUCCCUCCUCUAUGAUCAAAUCACUUCUGAAGAGUUAAACGAGACAAACCUCAGUCUUCAUUCCUUUUAAAUGAAGGCUACUAACUAACUAACUAAUAUAAUGUGUGUUUUGUUUCUUUUGAUUAAUUAGGUCCUGGCUAAGGUUCAUCCUCUACCUUUAAUCAGUAGCUAAUAAAGCACACAAGCUCCUGCACAAA